AUGCAUACAGUUUUCUUAUGUCAUUCCAAAAAACUUCUUAUUCCUUUAGAAACAUUUAUCACAAGAGAAAAUCUUUUAAAAAUUAAUUUAAAAUUUCGUUCAAUAAGUUUUAUACAUGAUAUUCUUCGUCGACCACGAUCAUUCUCCAAUGUUGAAAAAUGGAAAGCAUCUGAAGUACGAUUAUUUAUUUUAUAUAUUGGCUUACCUGUACUUGCUGAAUUUUUACUUGAAGAAAGAAUUGAAGAUUUUGCUUUAUACAAUGUUAUUCUUCGUCUUUUACAUGACUAUUGGGAUAAUGAUAAAAAAUUAGGUGAUUCAAUAUCUAGUUUAUUGAAAAUUUACAUUAAAAACUUAUCAAAAAAUGUACAAGGAAAUGAUGAUCGUGAUUUUGGUCAUUUCUCAAUUAAUAAUGCAACAUUUGGUAAUAAUAUAUUAAAAAUCGAAAUCAGUCAAUCGAUAAUUGAUUUUUUGUAUGAGAACAAAUAUAUUUCUUCUAAUACGAUAUUUUUUUCUCGCCUUCAUUAUCUUAAUACUACUUAUCACUCUUUUCUUUAUUCUCGAAAAGGUUCAACGUGUAGCUAUUUAGUUUCUUAUGAGAAAAAUGAUGUACUUGCGUAUGGUUAUAUUCUCUUCUUUCUUUCAACGGAUGGAAAUUGUUCAGUUAUUAUCCAAAAAUUAACUCGUGUUAAUUAUUCUUUAACUUCUUGUUUUUCAUCGUGUAGAUAUGUAUCUGCUACAAAAGGUUUUAUAGAUAACGUGUACAUUGUUGUUAAGCGUGUUGAACGUCGCUCUUAAAAUCUAAUCAUAUUGAUAUUUGUCCUAUAAUUUCUAUUCGUUCUCGCUGUUUUUUUUCCUUUUCGUGAUGAAUUUAUGAUUCUCACAAGUUACUCAUGUGCCUAUGAACAUAAUUAAAUAAAAGUACACAAUAAAAAAGCUUAAAUGAUUUUUAGUUGAGCCAAUGAUAAAAAAAACAUAAAAAAAUAAUGGAUAAAUUGAAAGAUGUAUUCAUUAAGUUUUGAAUUAAAUGAAUAACAAAAAAUUAAGAACGAAAUAAGCAUAAAGAUUACGUGUUGCUUUACUUUCAAACGAGAAUACAGUCCAGCUGAGUUAGCUGUUCAGUUCAUGAACUGAAGGUCUAGAGUUCAAUAUUCGAUGUGUUCACGUUUCUUCUGCCCUGUUUAGAUUAUCCUGCAACGAUCCUGGCACAAUCCUGUCACGAUACUGGUAAUUUCUACACUAGUAAGUAUGCACUAACAAAGUAUUACAUGCUGAGUCGUAAUAGAGCCUGUCAGGUUCCUUCAGGAAAAUUAAAGGAAGAUGUGAUGGAAUCAAAUAGUAUCCUGAAUGGACUCUAAGUUGUUUUUAACAAUAGCUGUGAAAAUCCUGAAAGGAUCCUAUAAAAACCUUGAAGCCAAUAUGACAGAAUCUUUAAAAAAUCCUGUUUCCAAUCCUGACAGGAUCUUGAAUUUCACGGAUACACGUUUCUUUCAGGAAUUAGUCGUUUCCUCAGGGAAAAGAGUGAAUCCUUGCAGGAUCCUGGCCGUAUCUGGAAAAGAUCUGACACUGAAACGUCAAAGAUUUUCUCCAGCAAUGCAUUAUUUUUCAUUCACUCAAUUUAUGUCAAAAGAAGAAAGCCGAAAAUAAAAUUGUAGAAAGUAAAAAUGUCGAAAAACUAAAAUCUCAAACAGAAAACAUACUGAAAGUAAAAUUAUCAAAAUAUAUCUUGUUUUGUUAUUUUUGUUGUUCGAAAUUCAUGUGGGAUAUGAAAAUAUGAAUGCUCGAUGACUGAUACGAAAACGACACUGAGCCAACUGACGUAAUAUGAUGGCCUUGCAAUCGUUCUUAUUAAUUGAUGAUACCAUUCAUUUUAUCCUUAACUGAAACAUGAAUUUUCAGAAUGAGGAUGAGGAUGAUCUUUCAUUCUCACCCACAACCGCAAAACCUACAUGGGCAACAUUUAUACAAAAUCCCAUCAACACUUUGUAUAGUCAAUAAAAUGAUGGCGUAAUCAAUUCAUCAGAUCUUCUUUCCAGUUUGUUAUAUUGUUGGAGCGAAAAUCAAAGAUAUGGAAAAUAUGCACCAUCCACGUUACCUUGUUCAUAAAAAUUGCUUCGUAUCUCAUCUUUGCUCGUUGUAAAAAAGAAACAUUAGUCACUACCACGAUCCCGCCUGUAACCCUGAUCAUUUUGAGAAUUCCUACAACUGGCAUCAGUAUCAUACGGAAAAAUCAUCACUUCUUGCAUCUCUCCAAAUGGCCUACUCUCGGGAAUAACGCAUGUCAAAUGUUCCAAGGAUAAAAGUUCGCUCCCAUUCACGCUUUUUCUUCUAAUAAUCUUCAAUAAGUCUCCUAUUUCAAAUAGCGGUCUUCUCUUCAGAUAUAUAUCAA